AGGGAUCACUUUCCUUUUGCAGCUACACCUUGUUCAACAUGUUUGAUGAUUUGAUACUUCUAGCAAAAGGGGGUCUUACUGUUUACCAUGGGCCAGUCAGGGAAGUUGAAGAAUACUUUGCACAUCAUGGUGUCAAUGUCCCAGAGCAUGUUAAUCCUCCAGACUAUUUUAUAGAUGUUCUGGAGGGGAUGAUUAAACCAAGAACAACCUCAAAUGUUAGUUAUGAAGAACUUCCUCUUAGAUGGAUGCUUCAUAAAGGUUAUCCUUUACCUCCAGAUAUGCAAAAAAAAAUUUCCGGGCUUCUUACUCCUGAGGUGAAUGUCAGUUCAACAAAUCAAGAAAACUCUGCUAGUUUUCGGACUGAGGAACUAUCCUUCUGGGGAGAAUUAUGGCAAAAUGUAAAAUACAAAGUGGAAGCACUGUGUGAUGUUAUACAGAACAAUUUCACGAGGUCAAAGGACUUAUCCCAGAGGAGAACUCCUAGCAUUUUCCAACAGUACAUAUAUUUCCUUGGAAGGAUUGCUAAGCAGCGACUACGGGAAGCUAGAAUCCAAGCAAUAGAUUAUCUUAUUUUGUUACUUGCUGGUGCCUGUUUGGGAUCAAUUGCUAAAGCAAGUGAUGAAAGCUUCGGUGCACCUGGUUAUACUUACACAGUUAUAGCUACAUCUUUGCUAUGCAAAAUUGCGGCUCUGAGGACAUUUUCGCUGGAUAAGUUGCAAUACCGCAGAGAACGUGCUUCUGGCAUUAGUAGCCUGGCUCACUUUGUCGCAAAAGAUACAGUUGACCAUUUCAAUACACUAAUUAAACCACUGGUCUACCUCUCAAUGUUCUUUUUCUUCAGCAAUCCGAGAUCUUCCUUCUUAGAUAAUUACAUUGUCUUGCUCUGCCUUAUUUAUUGUGUGACUGGUAUAGCUUAUGCGUUGGCCAUUUUUCUUGAACCCGGUCCAUCUCAGCUGUGCUCCGUUCUUCUACCUGUGAUUUUGACUCUCCUUUCAACUCAGCCGAAAGAUAGUAAAUUUAUGAAGAUUGCGACAGACUUGCUUUAUCCAAGCUGGGCCUUGGAAGCAUUCAUUGUCUCAAAUGCAAAAAGGUAAGUUUGACUUCCCUUCUCCUUUCCCUUCCAUAAAUUUGUGAUACAAACCAUUCUGUAAAUUUACUUUGAGAGCAUUAGAUCCCUCAUCUUAGGCCAUUAGUAUUUGGGAUAAGACCGUUAAUGGGUUUAAGAUUUAGAUGAUGCAUAUACACAUUUGCACUCUUUCGCAGACCAAAAAAUUUUUGUUGGUGCGUUCAACUUGAGUAGUUUGGGUAUGAACUUUCCAGGAACUCAAUUUGAGGACAAGGGAGCUUUCUGAGAUUGAUCAAACAGAAUUUAACUUUUAUGCUCAUUUAAAGCCACCGAUCUUUGUUUUAAGGUCCAGUGUGAGAAAAUAUGCAAUUAUUAUCCUAUUGUCCAUCUAAACUUGAAACAGCAGUUGAACCUUCUUCAGUCUCUUGAUUGGACACUGAACAGAUUUACAUUUUUGUUACAAAGUCUAGAAACUGCAACCUCAAAUUCCCGACAAUAUCUAUUUCUGUUAGAAGGAUUGCCAUUCAUACUUAAUUCUUUGUAAAAAUAUUUCAAAUAAUCCUUAUGAUCCAAACACCUUGUUGGAAAAUCAUUCUCAGCCAUCUUUUACUACUUGGUCUUCCUUUUGUUUCAAAUUUAGAUCAAUUUAAGGAAAAAUUUCAUAAUAUUGAGCAUUUGAAUAGUGAACAUUCAAUAUCGAAGAACUAGGCACUAAUCAAAAUAAAUACUAAAUUUUAUAUGGAAAUUAUUUCUUUAUAAGGGAAAUUCAAGCAUUGGAUGCAAAUGAAAAACUGUUCCCUAAAGAGUCCCUAAAAGAAAAGGCUGAUUAUUUGUACUGAAGAUUGAUAUAUCACUAGAUCUUUCCUUUCUAUCUUUCAUGAUUAGUUUUAUUACAUUCC